AUGAGCACCACCCCGAAGUGGUACUGCCGCAACAAAUCCCAGCCGAUGCACACGUUCGCGGAAAUCGGCAAAUUGGGCCUGGAGCUGCGUCGGAUUACCAAGCGCAUUGUGAUCGAUGUCAACUCGGCGAUUUUCAGUGAACAUGACACCAUUUUGGAGGAGUGCGAGCGGGUGGUGGAGCAGUACUGGAACCUCAAGGACGAGACCAAAAAUGCUGACUUCCAAUCGCUCGCCAAGAAGAUCAAGAGAAGUCCCUACAAUCAGCUGCUGAUGAAGAAGUUCCACUUGAUAAUGGAUCUCAAUGACAGACGUUUUUGCCAGCUCACCUUUGUGCUGAAGCGAACGUUGAGCUUCCUGCUCCGCAAGUCGAUGCAAUCGGAGAUGUGGCUGAACUGGGCUUUGCACAUCACCCAGUUGUACAACAAAUGCCGCAAGGUGGAGAAGCCACUGGUUCCGGUCGAGGUGGAUAAGCCACCGGGCGACGACGACCUAGAGGAGGAGCCCAAGCUGAGUGGCAAGAGGAAGGAGGAGAUGCCCGCCAAUGUGUGCAGCAAUAUGUAUCCUGCUCUGCUCCUGGCGCUCAAAUCCAUUGACUUUGGCUACGUUUUGCAGUUGGUGGCGCAGACGCGGGUGGAGCAGAAUGCCCUGGACUUGGUUUUUGGACUCUUCAACAUGGGCGAGCAGGAUGCCUGGCGGGAGCAGCAGAAUCUGGAGUCCACCUCCUCCAGCCUGGAGAUUCUGCGCACCCUAAACAUAUCCUUUGCCGCCGGCGAUUAUCAGCCGUAUUGCGACUCCGCCCAGGAUUACAAGUCCAUGCAGAUGCAGAUGGCGGAGGAGAGUCUGCAGGAUCAUGAUCGCCAGAGCCUGCGCUGCAAGCACACGGAGAGUUUUCUGCAGAAGGAGCGGGUGUUUAUUGCCCAACUGAUAGCCAAGGCCACGGAAAUAAGUCCAACCAUUUUCGAUAAUGGCAAAAAAGGACCUGUGGAUAUGAACGCGUACAUUGUGAAGGGUUUGCGACUGCUCUGGUCGUAUGUGGGCAUCAUCUUGGAUCACAUACUGCUCUGGUGGAUCGAUAAUCCCGUGUCCUGCUAUCGCCUAACCCAUAUCGAUUCCAUACGCAGCUGGCUAUAUCAUCAGAGUGUUAAUGAUAUUCCCGAGCCUGUUUUUUCAACACUUCGUGGAAUUGGUGAAAUCCUUACAGGAUUCGUUUGCAACAACAUAUGGGAUCAACUCUUCCGUCUCACCCUAAUAUCUUCCAAUAAUACCAAUCGCUUGGUGGAUGUGGUAGCUGAGCAAUAUCGCGAUUGCCCAAAGAAUGAAUUUGGCACCCCAACCGGCACUGUGUGGAUCAGUAUAUUCGCCAACCUCGUUAAUCUGAGCAACCAAUAUUUCUCCAAUCUGGAGGCGCACAAUAACUCCAGUCUGCUGCCAGUUGCUGAACAGAUACCCAUACUCCAUCGGCUGGACCAUUCGGUGCAUUCAAUGCGCCUCUGGGUCACCGAGCAGGCGAAGCUCCUUUGCUGCGAGUGGAAAAUGGACCGCUUCUUCCAGAUCCUGGAGCACGAUGUCAAGCUGUGCUUGAAUGUCUUCAUUACCUUCCAACUGCCCAAACUCACUGCCGACCUGAGCGACAUACUGAUGCUGGUUUGCGUUGCCCUGCGCACCAAGCUCAUCGCCGAGGUCAACGCCAAUAUAGACAAGCUAAAGAAAACCACCGACGAGUGUGUUCAGAUACUGUCCGCAGUUUGCCGAGUCCUCAGCCUGGCCAACUUUACGCUGUGUUUUCCAGCUGCCAGUUUCUGGCAACGCGAGGUGUACAACAACGAUGAGAAGAGCCUCUAUGUGGGCUAUGUGCUGGACGAGAUCUAUCUGCCCACCAUACGUGCCACCAAGGACAUUGUCAUACUCAAGCUGAUCCUGAAGCUGAUUUGUGAGGCCUGGCUGGACUUUAUCUACCAGAAACGCAUUCGUUUCAGUGUGAACGGAGCGGUUCGUUUGCUGAACGAUUUCGACGAUGUGCGUGAGUGGAUCCUGGCCUGCAGCUUGUUGGAUGAGGAGCAGCUGGAUAAGCUGAGCAACCACGAGGUGCUGCGCAUGUGCAAGGGUGUGGGCAAGAUCCUGCUCCGAAAGCCCGAGGAUGUGAUCUCCAUCACCCAGUCGCCCAAGUACGACAAGAAGGCGCAAGAUGCCUCUGCCCAGGACACGCAGCUGCCUUCCGAGAUGUUCGUCUCCAAUCAGAAGCACUGGCUCCAACUGAGGGCCAGUGGAGGCAAUGGGUUUCCGUUCCUGAAACUGUGCUGCGGCGAUGUUGCAAUGUAGAUGAC